CUGACUGGUGCACCGCAAUGGCUUUGGAAAGAUGGAUCUGUGUCCUCCUGACACUGAUGAGUGUCAUAGCUGCAGUUUCUUCCAAAGGGAAUGACACCCGAAUAGUUGGGGGUCAUGAUGCACCAGCGAGACGUUGGCCCUGGCAGGCCAGCCUACAGCAAAAGAAACAACACAUUUGUGGGGGCUCCCUGAUCAACGACGAGUGGGUCAUGACGGCCGCUCACUGCUUCAGCAGCAAAAACAAGGAUAAGUGGAAGGUGGUUCUUGGAAUACACAGCCUCCAAAGCAAAAAUCGAGGGAGACAAAAACGGAGAAUUGCUGAGAUUAUUUUGCACCCAAAUUAUUCCAGUUCCACGAGUGAUAAUGACAUUGCUCUUGUCAAACUUUCAAAACAAGUCAGACGAUCAAAGUUUGUAAAACCAGUAUGCCUGGCCGCCAGUCAGAGUAAAUUCCCCGCAGGCACUAUGAGCUGGGUCACUGGCUGGGGAAGCACGGCUGAAGGAGAAGUUGAAGUUCCAGUCGUCGGGAACAGACAGUGUAACUGCCUCAAUGGAGUCGGCUCAGUCACGGACAACAUGAUGUGUGCUGGUCUUCUCGAAGGAGGAAAAGACUCCUGUCAGGGCGACUCAGGUGGACCCUUGGUGAUAAAGCAGGGCUCCAAAUGGGUCCAAGCUGGAAUCAUUAGUUGGGGUUUUGGAUGUGCUCGUCCAAAUCUGCCAGGGGUCUAUUCUAGAGUAUCGAACUUUCAAUCCUGGAUUGAGUCACACAUAAAUGCUGACAAACCAUGUUUUGUGGAGUCAUCAUCCAGUGUUGUGGAUUCUGACAGUGAGUUCUCGUGUCCUGGACUGCCUCCUCCUGUUGGUCCGACCAGACCACCAACAACAGCCGGCUUGGAAUCUCCUAUGUCCAGUUCUCAAUUGUGUGGAAUCACACCUCUGAACAACAGAAUCGUUGGGGGUGAAGAUGCUCCAGAGGGAAGUUGGCCUUGGCAGGCCAGUCUCCGAAGAUUUGGCAACCAUGUUUGUGGUGGUUCCCUGAUCAACAACCAGUGGGUGAUGUCUGCUGCUCACUGCUUCAGCAGGUUGGUGACGUCUGGGUGGCAGGUGUCCCUGGGUCGUCAGAACCUGCAAGGAAGUAACCCAAAUGAAGUGACCCGAAGUGUGGCACAGAUCCUGGUGCAUCCAAAUUACAACAGUCUCACCACUGACAAUGACAUCGCCCUGGUCAGACUCUCCUCACCAGUGACAUUCACAGAUUACAUCAGACCAGUGUGUCUGGCAGACAGCAACAGUGUGUUCAACGCUGCAACUGAUAGUUGGGUCACUGGCUGGGGAACAGUUGAUGAGGGUGAGCCUCUGCCAUUCCCUCAAACUCUUCAAGAAGUUGAAGUUCCAGUCGUCGGGAACAGACAGUGUAACUGCCUCAAUGGAGUCGGCUCAGUCACAGAGAACAUGAUGUGUGCAGGUUUCCUGAGUGGUGGGAAAGACUCCUGUCAGGGGGACUCUGGCGGUCCAAUGGUGAUCAAGCAGGGGCCUAUGUGGCUACAAGUUGGUAUUGUCAGCUGGGGUUUUGGCUGUGCCCGCCCAAAUCUUCCUGGAGUUUACGCCAGAGUGUCCGGUUACCAGUCAUGGAUCAACUCACACAUCACUUCGGAUAAACCAGGAUUUGUCACGUUCUCCUCCCCUGGAGUGGAUUCCGACAGCAGUGUGACUUGUCCUGGACUGCCUCCUCCUGUUGUUCCGACCAGACCACCAACCACAGUCGGCUUGCAAUCUCCUUUGUCCAGUUCUCAAAUGUGUGGAAUCACACCUCUGAACAACAGAAUCGUUGGGGGUGAAGAUGCUCCACAGGGAAGUUGGCCUUGGCAGGCCAGUCUCCGAAGAUUUGGCAACCAUGUUUGUGGUGGUUCCCUGAUCAACAACCAGUGGGUGAUGUCUGCUGCUCACUGCUUCAGCAGGUUGGUGACGUCUGGGUGGCAGGUGUCCCUGGGUCGUCAGAACCUGCAAGGAAGUAACCCAAAUGAAGUGACCCGAAGUGUGGCACAGAUCCUGGUGCAUCCAAAUUACAACAGUGUCACCACUGACAAUGACAUCGCCCUGGUCAGACUCUCCUCACCAGUGACAUUCACAGAUUACAUCAGACCAGUGUGUCUGGCAGACAGCAACAGUGUGUUCAACGCUGCAACUGAUAGUUGGGUCACUGGCUGGGGAACAGUUGAUGAGGGUGAAGUUGAAGUUCCAGUCAUCGGGAACAGACAGUGUAACUGCCUCAAUGGAGUCGGCUCAGUCACGGACAACAUGAUGUGUGCAGGUUUUCUGAGUGGUGGGAAAGACUCCUGUCAGGGGGACUCUGGCGGUCCAAUGGUGAUCAAGCAGGGGCCUAUGUGGCUACAAGUUGGUAUUGUCAGCUGGGGUUUUGGCUGUGCCCGCCCAAAUCUUCCUGGAGUUUACGCCAGAGUGUCCGGUUACCAGUCAUGGAUCAACUCACACAUCACUUCGGAUAAACCAGGAUUUGUCACGUUCUCCUCCCCUGGAGUGGAUUCCGACAGCAGUGUGACUUGUCCUGGACUGCCUCCUCCUGUUGUUCCGACCAGACCACCAACCACAGUCGGCUUGCAAUCUCCUUUGUCCAGUUCUCAAAUGUGUGGAAUCACACCUCUGAACAACAGAAUCGUUGGGGGUGAAGAUGCUCCACAGGGAAGUUGGCCUUGGCAGGCCAGUCUCCGAAGAUUUGGCAACCAUGUUUGUGGUGGUUCCCUGAUCAACAACCAGUGGGUGAUGUCUGCUGCUCACUGCUUCAGCAGGUUGGUGACGUCUGGGUGGCAGGUGUCCCUGGGUCGUCAGAACCUGCAAGGAAGUAACCCAAAUGAAGUGACCCGAAGUGUGGCACAGAUCCUGGUGCAUCCAAAUUACAACAGUCUCACCACUGACAAUGACAUCGCCCUGGUCAGACUCUCCUCACCAGUGACAUUCACAGAUUACAUCAGACCAGUGUGUCUGGCAGACAGCAACAGUGUGUUCAACGCUGCAACUGAUAGUUGGGUCACUGGCUGGGGAACAGUUGAUGAGGGUGAGCCUCUGCCAUUCCCUCAAACUCUUCAAGAAGUUGAAGUUCCAGUCAUCGGGAACAGACAGUGUAACUGCCUCAAUGGAGUCGGCUCAGUCACGGACAACAUGAUGUGUGCAGGUUUUCUGAGUGGUGGGAAAGACUCCUGUCAGGGGGACUCUGGCGGUCCAAUGGUGAUCAAGCAGGGGCCUAUGUGGCUACAAGUUGGUAUUGUCAGCUGGGGUUUUGGCUGUGCCCGCCCAAAUCUUCCUGGAGUUUACGCCAGAGUGUCCGGUUACCAGUCAUGGAUCAACUCACACAUCACUUCGGAUAAACCAGGAUUUGUCACGUUCUCCUCCCCUGGAGUGGAUUCCGACAGCAGUGUGACUUGUCCUGGACUGCCUCCUCCUGUUGGUCCGACCAGACCACCGGCCACAGCCAGCUUGGAAUCUCCUAUGUCCAGUUCUCAAUUGUGUGGAAUCACACCUCUGAACAACAGAAUCGUUGGGGGUGAAGAUGCUCCAGAGGGAAGUUGGCCUUGGCAGGCCAGUCUCCGAAGAUUUGGCAACCAUGUUUGUGGUGGUUCCCUGAUCAACAACCAGUGGGUGAUGUCUGCUGCUCACUGCUUCAGCAGGACGUCUGGGUGGCAGGUGUCCCUGGGUCGUCAGAACCUGCAAGGAAGUAACCCAAAUGAAGUGACCCGAAGUGUGGCACAGAUCCUGGUGCAUCCAAAUUACAACAGUCUCACCACUGACAAUGACAUCGCCCUGGUCAGACUCUCCUCACCAGUGACAUUCACAGAUUACAUCAGACCAGUGUGUCUGGCAGACAGCAACAGUGUGUUCAACGCUGCAACUGAUAGUUGGGUCACUGGCUGGGGAACAGUUGAUGAGGGUGAGCCUCUGCCAUUCCCUCAAACUCUUCAAGAAGUUGAAGUUCCAGUCAUCGGGAACAGACAGUGUAACUGCCUCAAUGGAGUCGGCUCAGUCACGGACAACAUGAUGUGUGCAGGUUUUCUGAGUGGUGGGAAAGACUCCUGUCAGGGGGACUCUGGCGGUCCAAUGGUGAUCAAGCAGGGGCCUAUGUGGCUACAAGUUGGUAUUGUCAGCUGGGGUUUUGGCUGUGCCCGCCCAAAUCUUCCUGGAGUUUACGCCAGAGUGUCCAGUUACCAGUCAUGGAUCAACUCACACAUCACUUCGGAUAAACCAGGAUUUGUUACGUUCACUUCCCCUGGAGUGGAUUCCGACAGCAGUGUGACUUGUCCUGGACUGCCUCCUCCUGUUGUUCCGACCAGACCACCAACCACAGUCGGCUUGCAAUCUCCUUUGUCCAGUUCUCAAAUGUGUGGAAUCACACCUCUGAACAACAGAAUCGUUGGGGGUGAAGAUGCUCCAGAGGGAAGUUGGCCUUGGCAGGCCAGUCUCCGAAGAUUUGGCAACCAUGUUUGUGGUGGUUCCCUGAUCAACAACCAGUGGGUGAUGUCUGCUGCUCACUGCUUCAGCAGGUUGGUGUCACUGACGUCUGGGUGGCAGGUGUCCCUGGGUCGUCAGAACCUGCAAGGAAGUAACCCAAAUGAAGUGACCCGAAGUGUGGCACAGAUCCUGGUGCAUCCAAAUUACAACAGUCUCACCACUGACAAUGACAUCGCCCUGGUCAGACUCUCCUCACCAGUGACAUUCACAGAUUACAUCAGACCAGUGUGUCUGGCAGACAGCAACAGUGUGUUCAACGCUGCAACUGAUAGUUGGGUCACUGGCUGGGGAACAGUUGAUGAGGGUGAGCCUCUGCCAUUCCCUCAAACUCUUCAAGAAGUUGAAGUUCCAGUCAUCGGGAACAGACAGUGUAACUGCCUCAAUGGAGUCGGCUCAGUCACGGACAACAUGAUGUGUGCAGGUUUUCUGAGUGGUGGGAAAGACUCCUGUUCAGUUUUAUAAUGCUGUGGUGUGUUGUCUUCAUGUCCACAGGGGGACUCUGGCGGUCCAAUGGUGAUCAAGCAGGGGCCUAUGUGGCUACAAGUUGGUAUUGUCAGCUGGGGUUUUGGCUGUGCCCGCCCAAAUCUUCCUGGAGUUUACGCCAGAGUGUCCAGUUACCAGUCAUGGAUCAACUCACACAUCACUUCGGAUAAACCAGGAUUUGUCACGUUCUCCUCCCCUGGAGUGGAUUCAGACAGCAGUGUGACUUGUCCUGGACUGCCUCCUCCUGUUGGUCCGACCAGACCACCGGCCACAGCCAGCUUGGAAUCUCCUAUGUCCAGUUCUCAAUUGUGUGGAAUCACACCUCUGAACAACAGAAUCGUUGGGGGUGAAGAUGCUCCAGAGGGAAGUUGGCCUUGGCAGGCCAGUCUCCGAAGAUUUGGCAACCAUGUUUGUGGUGGUUCCCUGAUCAACAACCAGUGGGUGAUGUCUGCUGCUCACUGCUUCAGCAGGUUGGUGUCACUGACGUCUGGGUGGCAGGUGUCCCUGGGUCGUCAGAACCUGCAAGGAAGUAACCCAAAUGAAGUGACCCGAAGUGUGGCACAGAUCCUGGUGCAUCCAAAUUACAACAGUGUCACCACUGACAAUGACAUCGCCCUGGUCAGACUCUCCUCACCAGUGACAUUCACAGAUUACAUCAGACCAGUGUGUCUGGCAGACAGCAACAGUGUGUUCAACGCUGCAACUGAUAGUUGGGUCACUGGCUGGGGAACAGUUGAUGAGGGUGAGCCUCUGCCAUUCCCUCAAACUCUUCAAGAAGUUGAAGUUCCAGUCAUCGGGAACAGACAGUGUAACUGCCUCAAUGGAGUCGGCUCAGUCACGGACAACAUGAUGUGUGCAGGUUUUCUGAGUGGUGGGAAAGACUCCUGUUCAGUUUUAUAAUCCUGUGGUGUGUUGUCUUCAUGUCCACAGGGGGACUCUGGCGGUCCAAUGGUGAUCAAGCAGGGGCCUAUGUGGCUACAAGUUGGUAUUGUCAGCUGGGGUUUUGGCUGUGCCCGCCCAAAUCUUCCUGGAGUUUACGCCAGAGUGUCCGGUUACCAGUCAUGGAUCAACUCACACAUCACUUCGGAUAAACCAGGAUUUGUUACGUUCACUUCCCCUGGAGUGGAUUCCGACAGCAGUGUGACUUGUCCUGGACUGCCUCCUCCUGACUUCCAACCUGCAGCCAGUCCAUCUCGGCGACCAAGGAAGCCCACUGCUGUGCAAAUCAGGCUCAUCUUGGUUCCAGGUGGCUGUAGUGAAUAA